UAUAAAGCCUGAUUUCUUUUGCCUACUGCUCACAAAAGGGAUUUUUCACAAACAGGAGGUGCAGUGACAAUGCGGACGCCCGUUGUGCUGCUGGUGCUGCUGGUGGUGGCUUCAUAUGCUGCUGCAAAGCCAAAAAACCGUUUCACUCGCUAUCCAUCAUGGAACACUAAGAUGUAUCCAAUCUGGAAAGAUGGAGACCCACGAUACAGAGACUCCUGGAAAGGUGGAAAAGUGACCUUCAAUGUUGGGAACGACUCCCCAACUCUGACUGGAGCUAAAGUUACCUUCACCAUCGACCUGGAGUUCCCACACAACCAGAAGGUGCAGCCGAACGGAGAUGUCGUCUGGGCUGGAGACUGCAUCAUCAAUGGAACGAAGUACUUUGAGUCUGACCCAGUGUACCCAGCUCAGAACACAGACUGGGAGGCUAUUUUCCCUGAUGGGACACCGUUCAAGAAGGACAAGAAGCCCAGCUAUGUCUUUGUGUGGAAAACCUGGGGUCAGUACUGGCAGGUGUCAGACGGCCCCUCCUCUUCCCUGACCAUCAGCACCGAUGACAUCCCACUGGGCUCCUACACCAUGGACAUUGUGAUCUACCACUACCGCAGCAAAGAGAAGUUCAUUCCUCUGGGAUACGCCUCCACUCAGUUCUCUAUUACUGAUCAAAUCCCUUUUGCCGUCUCCUUGGACCAAGUGAAUGACAUUGUGGCUGGAGACUUGCGUUUCGUCCAGAACAGGGCGAUCGCCUUCACCAUCACCCUCCACGACCCCAGCGAGUACCUCAGCAACGCAGACAUCACCUUCAACUGGGACUUUGGGGAUGAGAGUGGAGCGCUUAUAUCCAGAGAGCUGACGGUCACCCACACCUACAUCAACUCUGGCUCCUUUAAGCCGAAAGUGGUGAUCCAGGCCGUCAUCCCAGAUAAGACCUGCAACCCUCCUGUUGGGACCCCUGUUCCCCCCCUUGAUCAAGGAUCCACAGUGAAAGCCCCUGUUCUGGCCUCUGCUGUUCCACUAGUGCUUUCCACCAAGUCAUCUGGUCUACAAGUCAACAUGGUCCCAUCAGACACAGAAGAGGACAACAGUGAGGACGAGGCCUCUACUGCCCCCACGACGACUCAAUCUGCCCAGGAAACAGUAGCCAAGACUCCCUCCCCCAUCAACAAUAAUGUACCAGCUGACUCAGCCAAUGUGGUGAACAGUGAGGCUGUACCCGGGUCUGCAGCAGGUGUGAAGGGGACAGUGACACUAACCAGCCAUGCUACAGUUGUUUUAGUUGCUAAGAGGGAUGCCGACAAUAACCCCACUGAUGAUGACUGUGUAAUAUAUCGCUAUGGCUCCUUCUGCACUGGGAUUGAAGUGUUUGAGGGCAUUGAAAAAGUUGAGAUUGUACAGAUGGACAAUGCUGUGGUGGCAACACCUAAAAUGGACAAAAAUGUGUUGGAUGUCACUGUUACCUGCCAGGGAAGUUUUCCGAAGGAGGUGUGCAGUGUGAUUCUGGACGCCGAGUGUCUGAGGCCUCUUCACACAGCAUGUAACAUGGUGGAGCCCUCAAAGGAGUGCCAGCUGGUGCUGCGACACUUCUUCAACGCCUCUGGCAUCUACUGCAUCAAUGUGUCAAUGGCCAAUGAUGUCAGUUUAGCUGCCACCAGCGCCAAAUUCAACAUCAGCAUGGGCUCUGGUCUGUCCACAUCAGGCAUUAUUGCCACACUUUUGGGUGCUGUGGUGUUCGUUCUUGUAGCAGGAAUAGUGGCAUAUUCAUACAAGCGUUUUAAGUCCUACCGUCCUUUGAAAGAAGACCUUUGCGUAGGUCUGCAGCCCAGCCGACCUCACACAUGCUCUGGAGCAUCAAUGUUUUGGAGCCUCCUGAACAGACGGGGAGUGGUGGACAACUGUCCUCUGCUGCAGGACAAACAAGUGUGAACAACCACCAGGCUGACUUCACCCAAAGGAAAAACAAGCAACAACUGAUUUGCAUGUUACUGUAAUCUAGGAUGCCUUUUUAUACAUUUUUUUUUUACAUUUGUUGAAAACAGAAAGCUUCAAGAGUGUUUAACAUUUAGGGUUCUUUUCUAAAGAUUAAAUCAAACAAUUUAUGGCAUUAUAAUUAACAAUAAUAAAUCCUUGAAGCAAACGUGCAAGCUUUAAUUUGAAUAAACCUGAAUGUUUUUCCAAUAAACUUUGUUGAAAACAGAU